AUGGUCUCACUUGAGACACAAGAACACAGUGGUGCCAUAGCUAGCCGGUUCGCUGCUGACUACCACGGCCUAGAUGUACUCUCGGAAAAUAUCGAGGACAAGGCCGACAAUACAACGCGAUUCCUCGUUCUGAGGAACACAAAGUCAGAACGUACAGCCCGGCUUCCAUUUGACGCUGUGAAAGCGCCCUCAGUCGCAUUAAAACCCCGGCCCACACCGUCUGCGGAAAAGACUCUGAUCUCGUUCAGAAUCCGUCAGGAUUUUCCAGGGGCAUUGGCAGACGCUCUGUUGAUAUUCAAGGAAUUUGGUAUGAAUCUUACCAGCAUCAACACGCGACCGAGUCAGAGGAGGGCUUGGCAAUAUGUAUUCUUUGUCGAAUGCCAACAAUUCCCUACGGACCAGAAUAGCCAGGGGGUUACUAAAAUUCUGGAUAAGAUGCAGCAGGUUACUGAGGGCUGCAGGCAUCUUGGCACUUGGAAAGACCAGCUUUCAACUAGCAGCGUUUGA